UGGCUUGUGCCGCAGCAGCCCGAGUCCCGGGAAGCGCGGGGCGCAUAGGGAGCCAGAGCCUGGCGUCCGUCUGGUUGCUCUGGAGCCGAGUUGCGUGGCCGCCUGCCGGCUCGCCUCUUGCCAUGGGGAGCACCGAGAGCAGCGAGGCCCGCAGGGUGUCCUUCGGAAUGGACGAAGAGGAGCGGGUCCGGGUGCUGCAGGGCAUCCGGCUGUCCGAGAAUGUGGUUAACCGCAUGAAGGAUCCCAACCAGCCUUGCAAAGCUGGGGAGCCAGCUCCGCCUCCUGCCCCUCCGCCUUCUACGCCUUCUACAGGUGGCUCCUCCAAAGGCCCCGAGAAAGACUCCAAACCGCCCAGGUCUGAGUAUGGUGGUGGCCGUCAGCCCUCGGGGGUGGAGGAGGAUUUCCUCAAAAGGUAUAAACAGGAGCAGGACAAGGUCCAGGACGAGUUGUUCCAGGUGGUGACGAGGGAACGAGAGGCAGCCACCAAGCACAGGAGUGCGUCCAUGCAGCGGGGGGAGGGCAGCGUUGACCAGGACAAGCGGAAGUCAACCCAGCUGGCCAGGGAGCUGGAGAGCCGGGAGGCAGAGCUGAGCUGUCGUGACACCUUCUAUAAGGAGCAGCUGGGACGCCUUGAGAGGAAGAUUGACUCCAAUAUGUUCGUGAUUGAAGGGAGAGUAAGGAUUAUGAGGAAAGCUGCAUCAGUAGAAUUUAAAGAAGGAAAGCAGACCCACGCAUCAACAAACGGAGGAAUGUGAAGGGUACAUGGAGUCAGGGAGGCAUCUGAAGGGCUUCUUAUAGGAGGGGCAUCCACGUGAUGAAGAUUUUAAGUCCCUGGGCUAGAACAGUCAACUGCUGACUGGGAUUCUGAGGCCAAAAUCAAGCCUCUGCUUAAAUAAGAAAAAGAGGUAGAAAUGUAUGAAUUUCCUUAGUUUUCUUUAAAAAAAUUUUUUUGAAGUUUGUUUUGAAAGAGAGAGUGAAAGCACGAGUGGGGGAAGAACAGAGAGAGAGGGAGAGAGAGAAUCCCAAGCAGGCUCCAUACUUGCUGUCAGUGCAGAGCUCGAUGUAGGGCUCAAACUCACGAACCAUGAGAUCAUGACCUGAGCAGAAACCGAGAGUCAGAUGCUGACCUGACUGAGCCCCCCAGGUGCCCCUGAAUCUCCUUAGUUUUCAAAAAGAAACUCUGGAAGAGUAAAUCAGAAAAUAAUGAGAUCGUUACCCAUAGCGGGUGAAUGGAAAUAGGCCGAGAAGACGGAAGGGGAUGUGAUGUCUCCGAAUGUGCCUUUUAUGUAUAGUCGACUUGUGAACCAUAGUAGUGUGUUGCUUCUUUGACAAUUGCAUAAACAAAGAUGGAGUGAAAAAUUAAUAACGACAGAAAUAAAUGAGCCUGGCCUUCUAUCAGGUAGAUGCCACUCCACACAGAGGAACAGUGUUAAUUUGAGGGGACUUCUACUGUGGACAAGAUGGCUAGACUCAUUUCUCCUUGCUGCUUCUCACUAGGUACAAUUAUGCACUCUUAAAUAAAUGGAGAGGCAAUCAUGGGAGAAGUCUGAAAGCUAGGGAGAGGAAGGGACACUGGCUAGGGACUCUUGGAGUAGAGGGUCAACACAGCAGCCUAGGUGUCCCCUGAUUGUCCCACCCAGUGACAGAGAACAACCCAAGGUCAGUAUCUUCAGCCCCUAACCUGUGGCAGACAACUGCCCAGGUAGGCUUAUCCUUUCACCAGAUUGGUGGGGAGUCCUGUCAGCCAUACUGGGUAGGCCCAGUGGCCUCAGCGAGGGAGACCAAGCAGGAGUACCACUGAUGAGUGGCCCCAGGAAGCACUCUCCUUCCCUAUGGGCCAGAGACCCUCUUCUUCCACCCAGAGACCCCAGUGGUUCAACAGCACCAGCAGGGGCAUCCUGCCACAAGUGGCCCAGACUGGGAGCACUCUUUGUCCAGUCAGUCAAAAUCUCCUUUCCCCUACCUGGAGAUGCCAGGUUGCUAGGAAGUCCUGGUCUGGGAAGCAUUCUUUGUCCUGUGGACCAGAGAAUCCUUUCUCCCACGUAGAGACACUGGCAGCCUGCUGGCACCAGCAGGGGACAUCCUGCCACAAGUUACUGGAGCAGUGGUCCUUGUGUACUGUAGGUCAGAGACUUUCUUCCACCACCUGGAGACACCGAGAGGCCUGAUGCUGGCAGGACAGAUCCCUGGCUGGUGAGGAAAUAAGGUACUUCCUUCCUUAGGCCAGGAAUGUCAACAAGUGGGUGGCAAGGAAGUACUCUUUGUCCCCACAGCCUGGGAGAGGCACUUUCUGCCCCCACAGGCAACACCAACAGGGAUCAAUGAGAGCCCCUGUGGCCUCUGAUGAAGCAAGCAGACCAGAAUAGCACAAUAAAGGCUCUGAUUCAAGAAGCUGAGCAAAUUCCAAAGAAGACAAAUCUAAAGAAAUACACACCUAGAGCCAUAAUGAUGAAACUUGUAAAAAGUGAGGACAGAAGAAUCUUGAAAGCAAUCAGAGAAAACCAAUGUAUUCCUUACAAGGUAACACCAGUUUGAAUGACAGUGGAGUCUCAUUUAAAGCUAUGAAGCCAGAAGGAAGUGGCAUAUUUUUCAAGUACUGAAAGAAAAAAAUUCAUAACCAUGAUUUCUCUACCUGGAAAAACUAUCCUUUAGAAUGAAGAGAAAAUAAAGACAUUCUCAGAUUACAGAAAACCAAGAGAAUUUGUUGCCAGCCAAUCUACCCAUAAAGAAUGGCUAAAUUCGGGCUCUUGGCUGGCUCAAUUGGCAGAGUGUGCAACCCUUGGUCUCAGGGUUGUGAGUUCAAACCCCAUGUUGGGUGUAGAGAUUGCCUAAAAAUCUUAAAAAAAAAGAAUGCCUAAAGUAAGUUAUUCAAACAGAAAUAAAAUGAUAAAAGAAAUAAUCUUGGAACAUAAAGAAGAAAGAACUAACAAUGGAAAAACAAAACUAUGGAUAAAUACAGUAGAUUAUCCUUCUCGUGAGUUUUUAAAAUCACAUUUGAUGGUCGAAACAAAAAACACCAUCUGAUGUGAGGCAAAUGUAUGUAGAAGA